ACACUGAAAGCUGGAAACAGAAAAUGUUUUGCACUUAAAAUGACCACAUAAAAUAUGACCGUGUCUCUUUCGACUAACUUAACUGAUUGAUUGACUAAUCGAUUAGACUCUAAAUGAAACACUUUUAAUAAACUAAGCGAAGUUAAGUGUCAGUUAGGCGGAGUGAUUUUCUCAAUCAGUGACACAAAAAGCUAACGGCUCCUUUCUCUACGGACACUAAUGAGACGUUGAUAAACUAGAGCCUCCAGGCGGCGGAACAACACAAACAUCUGCUUCAGUGUCUCCAACGAUGGAAUAAUAGUGCUGGGGACCACCUGGAACCCCCUCAAGAAACCCUGGGGGUCCCCAGACCCCACUUUGAGAACCACUGGACUAAGUUACAUCAGCUGAGUAAAUAAAAAUACAUCACGUCGCCCACUGAAAGAUAUUACUUCUAAUGUUUAUCAGAGAUGAGGAGUGCCACGCCAGCAUGCAAAGAUGGUGUCUUGACAACUGCAGCCACUGAUUGAAGCUGAAAAUGUCAGAUCAAUGAGUAUUGAUCAACCCAUCAGACUUCAAUCAAGGUCUAACAAGCAGAAAUGGUGUCUUCCUGUUAGAGAUAACAUUCAGAUCAUUCAUUUAUUUGUUCAGUCUCAUGCACGCUUACAUUUUCACCAUAUUCAAGCACAAGUAGCCUUCAUGUGGCUCUUAAGGACAUGAGUUCAAAUCUGUCACAUGUUGGUUCUUAUUCCCUCUCUCCCACUUUCCUUCCUCUCAUUAAGUCUAAUAAAAUGCUUAAAAAGGUUUUGUUUUCUCCUACAUGAAACAUCCCAUCAUAUUAUGACCAGGAGUUAAUCAACCUGCUUAAUUAACUGUAGCUGUGUUUAGCAUCAAAUCAAAGUUGGCAAACAAAUAUAACAGGGGUAUUUUUCCCUCCAAAGGUUCCUUCAGGAACUCUUUAAAUAGAGAGGCUUCUUGAUAUAACCAUCCGCCUCCAUAUGAAACAAUAAGAGGAACUAAACGAAUAACAGGAAAUGACUUUUGUUUUCUGAUAUCGGGUUGAUUAUCUCGUUAUCCCCAGAUAACAUUUAAAAAAUUGCAAACACGGCUACUCUCGGCUUCCGUACUAGAAGAUUGUUUCUUCACAUCUAAUUGACACUCUAAUUAUGUUCGACAGUUUAUUAGAUGAUCAUUUAAGCUUCCUAUAAGACAAACCGUAAUCAAAUUACAUGUGAUGAUUCUUUCAGAACAACAACUUAUUGUAUUAAAUGUAGAAAUAUCACAACAAAUCUGUGAGGUCAUUAAUAAUAACUUGAUAAUAACCCCAUGGAGGUAAAAACAUGACGUUUCUAUAACUCGAACUUCCGCAAAAAACAGUAAAUGAUUUGAGGAGGUUUAAUGCAGCGGUGGGAGGAAACAGACACACAGUCCGCUGGUGCCACCAAGUGGUUUCAUCUUUAACCAUGAACUAAGCGGAUCCUUGUGUGUCAAAAGCUGCGGAGACUCUGUUACAGGAGCACCUACUCUCCAGCGGGGGACAAAAAACGAGUGGAGAGUUUUUAAAAAGUCGUUUGAGCAUCAUUUUGGUAACUUUUUCUGGAUUAUAACUUUGUUUCCUUGUUUGACUGUGGGAUCAAGAGAAGCUGCGCAGAACUUUUUUUCUCCCCCCCCCCCGCAGCUGUUUCUGACUUGAAGUUUGAUUAUGAUACUCAGCUGCGUUGUUGCUGUGCUCGUUUUACAUCUCACAGCUGGCACUGAGACAACAGUGUACGACACCUACAAUGAUUUUGCAGAGGAAGACACAACCCCUCAACUAGACUACAAAGACCCGAACUGGUGUCAUUCUCCGAAUCUCCCCAACGGGGAGGUGACCUGCCACUCCCCUCGAGGUGGCGGCUACCGGAGCACGUUGGGCACCCGCUGCGAGUUGACCUGUGACCGAGGAUACCGGCUGAUUGGGAAGAGCUCGAUUCAGUGUACCGCCAGCCGCCGCUGGUCUGGGUCUUCUUACUGCCGCAAGAUGCGUUGCCAUGUGCUGCCCCUCAUCCCGCACGGCAGAUACACCUGCAGUGAUGGCUUCGUGGUGGACUCCAGAUGCGACUUCACGUGUGACCCCGGCUACCGCGUAGAGGGGGAACACUCACGUACCUGUCAGCACGGGGGAUCAUGGAGCGGGGGGCAGCCCGUUUGCUCAGACACUGAUCCUCCAAAGAUCAAGUGUCCUCGGUCCAGACUCAAGAUUGCAGAGCCUGGAAAACUCACUGCCAGCAUGACCUGGGACCCCCCCACUGCCACAGAUACUGCUGAUAAAUCACUCGAUGUAAUAUUAAUCGGCCCUGAGUCAGGCACCGACUUCAAAGAGGGAGCAAGCAUUAUCCGAUACAAAGUGUACGAUCAAGCCAGGAACAGAGCCGCCUGCAAGUUUAUCGUUCGUGUUGAGGUGAGAAGAUGUCCUACACUUUCUCCACCUAUGCACGGCUACCUCACCUGCUCCUCUGAUGGGAAUAACUACGGAGCGACUUGUGAGUACCACUGCGAUGGAGGAUAUGAGCGGCGGGGGGUGGUGAGCCGUGUCUGCCAGUUCAACCGCAGCUGGGGUGGACGCCCUGCUGAGUGUGUCCCAAUGGAGAUUAAAUCAGACGUGAAGACAGCAUCUGCUCUCCUGGAUCAGUUCUAUGAAAAGAGGAGGCUGCUGAUCGUGUCUGCUCCCAACAUAUCUGACGCGGAGUACCAAAUGCAGAACAUCAUGAUACAGAAAUCAGACUGUGGAUUAGACCUGCGACACGUAACGGUGAUCGAGCUCCUGGGCUCCCCGCCACGUGAGACGGGCCGCAUCAAGGAGAGUCAGCUGACCUCUGAAGUCAUCGAGGGUCUGAGGCAGGUGUUCAGAAUCUCCAGAUCCUACUUCAGCAUGGUGCUGCUGGACAAGCACGGACUGGAUCGAGAGCGCUUCAUUAUCCCGAUGGCGUCAGACGAGUUGUUCUCCUACAUCGAUAGUUUCCUGCUGAACGAAGAGGAACGUGAGAGGCUGGAGCUCCACAGAGACUUCUGUGAUAAUUAGAUAAAAGCACUCUGGUUGCCACAGCGAUAAACUCGUCAGCAUUACUAACACAAAAUGAGGAGGGACAAACAAGCAAGUAGGUCCAGAAGAACUUUAGGAGGGGAAAAAAAAAAAGAGGACAAGAACGCAGUUUGUCGUGUUAAAAUGUGAUCAUUAUACAACACUGAAGUGCUAGCACUGUUUCUCUAUAACUAAUCAUCAGCGGAGAUACAUGGGGGCCAGAAAACUGUCGCCACACCUACAGAAAAUACAGCAGACAGUGCUGGAGGUAAAACAUAUAUACAUAAAAGAUAAGAUUGGAUGCAUAUUUUUAAUAAGAUUUCUGCCAAAUUAUCUAAAGAACCAACAAAAGACUACUGACAAAAACUUGAGCAGACAGAUCACUUUUAAGUUAGCGGGUAUCUGAAUGUAAUAGAGUUGAGAAAAUCAAUCAUGUCUUUGGUUUGGUCAAUUUUUAUUGGGUGAGCAGAGUAUUCAAGGCAACCUUGAGGUAAACAUAGAUCUGAUCACACUCCACUAGGGAGUUAAAAGUUAAAAUCUACAUUUAUAUCUGCAAAUAGACAUAUUUAAUAAUUUCUAAUAAGGCUUUUUAUGCAACUUAUAUAAAUAUAUUUUUUACAUAAUAGUAGUAACGUAAAGUACAAUGGAUACUUAACAGUAUAGAUUAAAAUAAGCACAAUUUGUUGUAUGCAAAUAGCAGAAAUUUUGUGUAACACCAGUUUCUAAUGGAUUGUUUCAGUGUAACUCAACUGUACACUAUUAUAAAGAAACGGUGACACAUUAUGACAACAUUUCUGUGUUAAGUGCUUUGUGUGAUUUUGAUAUGAGCCUGAAAUUAAAAACAUACAAUGACUGUCACAGUGCUCCUAAAAUAAAUCCAGCGUUUAGUGUUGUGAUGCUUUGGCACAUUUUCAACAGUAAUAUUGGUCUGCGAUCAGUUGGAUCCACGCUGGAGAUAAACCGCAUACAGGUGUGAGCAGAUGUUAACUGUUCAUCAGAGUGUGUCUGCAUACAGCCAAUCAGCUGAGUCUAUUCAUCUCAGUGGGGCAGGUCUGUCGCAAUAAUCGUGCAAAAUAAAAUGAAUCCAUAAUCAAA